GACGUUUGGAUGGUGCCCUGCCCCAACUCCAGCGCCUUCCGUUCCCAGUCUUCAGCAAAUGGGCAAACUGCUAAUGUAAUAAAUGGGAAAUCUAUCGCAAGAGCUAUUAGAGCAGGAAUAGCCAAUGAAAUUUGCAGAAUGAAGGAAACCAUUGUAAAAUCCCCAGGAUUGGCUAUCGUGUUGGUUGGUGGAAGAAGGGAUUCACGAACUUUUAUUCGUGUCAAGUUAAAAGCUUGUGAAGAAGUUGGGAUAACGACCUAUGUAGAGGAGUUGCCUGAAGAAUGUACAGAAGAUGAAGUUCUGCACGUUGUUUCCAGAUUAAAUAAUAACCCAUCAGUUAAUGGUAUUAUUGUGCAGCUCCCUUUGCCACAACAUGUGGAUGAGGAGAGAAUCAUCAAUUUUGUGAGCCCAGAGAAAGACGUGGAUGGCUUCCAUCCCCUCAAUAUGGGAAACCUUGCCAUGAAAGGAAGGGAGCCACUUUUUAUUCCUUGUGCUCCUAAGAGUUGUAUUGAGUUGUUGUUGAGGUCUGGUGUGGAAAUCAUGGGAAAGAGAGCUGUGGUUGUUGGGAGAAGCAAGAUCGUUGGGUUACCCACUUCUUUGCUAUUGCACGUAAGCAUGCCUUUUUCUGCAUUUCUCUGGUUGUUUGAGGUGCUCUCCAUAUCAUCCUCUUCUAAUGUAUUCCUGUGGUAG